CACAUAGGCGAUGACAUCUGACAGGUCGGUUUAUUUUCCUAUGUCAAAAUAAUUCGUAUCCAUACAGAUGUAAACAAAGUAUUUACAAAAAUAUUUUUAGUAAAAAUGACUGAUACAACUAAAAUGGUAACGGAAUACAAUGAAAUAGAUUCAGCAAAGUUUGAAGAUACUAUAAGCUCAAUACUAUGUGGCCUGGGAGCUCAAAAAUAUAUUGAUAUAUUCAAAAAACAAAAUAUAGAUCAAUAUAGCUUAGCAGAAUUAUCGGAGGAAGACCUAAUAAAACUUGGCGUUGAUGAUGCAGACGUUAGAAGCCAACUUAUGGAGCAUGCCAAGCUCAUUCCUGCCUAUGAUGAAGCUUCUAUCAUAAUGCCCAAUUUAGGUCCAAUAGAGAUAGUGGAUGUUUUUGAAGAAUGUACACUAUUACUCCAUAGAAUCCAUCUAAGCAUGGUCGCCAAUAACACAGCCCUUACCAAAACAAAGAAGGUGUCAGACUGUUUGCUUUACAAAGACAAGUAUGCAUCAAACAUAGCCUUGGCUACUUUAAGUGAAAUAUCUAAUAUACUUAAUUCCAUGGACAAUGCUGUACACACACAGUUACAGCUAACAACCAAACAAGGCAUGAACAGCAAGAAAAAGAAACUAAUAGUUGGAACAGUUGGCAGCGCUGUUAUUGCGAUACUGGCAUUCCUGCUGAAGCGGUCCCUGAAGCAACUUGAAUAAACCCCUUACUUUUAGCCCUAAAACAUCUACCUCCUACAUGUGUAAUUGUGUACCCAUAUCCUUAUUCCAAUAUUUGUUGCCAAAACAUGACAUUAAAGUGUGACUAGUGUGUAAUGGUAAAUAAACAAAUCCUUUUUAAAAUA